CUUUAGAAAAGGAGAUGUACGAAAAACAAACCCAAAAUCAUAAAGGUCUUAACGCUGCUUUCUUUUCUAAUGUAAACAGCCAUGGAAAACAAUGAGAGCUGUAUGAAUAAAGUGAGGGGGAUUUGAUCGCAACGGUUUCUACCAGAAAACUAAGCCACCAGUUCUCAGCAAUGAAGAUUUUCAGUCAGCUUUGGGUCUACCGAAGGUUCCUAUUGAUUCUCUUCACUCCACUGCUUUUACUUCCAUUGCCUCUCAUCAUUCAAACCAAAGAAGCAGAAUGUGCAUACACGCUGUUCGUAGUUGCGAUCUUUUGGCUCACAGAAGCUCUGCCGCUGGGUGUUUCGGCUUUACUUCCUGCCUUAAUGUUCCCAAUGUUUGGUAUUAUGGCAUCCAAGGAGGUGGCAUCGUCUUAUUUCAAAGAUUUUCAUUUGCUAUUAAUUGGAGUAAUUUGUUUGGCCACAUCAAUAGAAAAAUGGAAUUUGCACAAGAGAAUUGCUCUGAAAAUGGUGAUGAUGGUGGGUGUGAACCCUGCAUGGCUUACACUGGGUUUCAUGGUUAGCUGUGGCUUCUUGUCUAUGUGGCUUAGCAAUACCUCUUCGGCUGCUAUGGUGAUGCCAAUUGUAGAGGCUGUAGCUCAGCAGAUCAUGGGUGCUGAAGCAGAAGUUGAUGCCUUAGAGAUGAAUUAUGCAUCUGGAGCCGCCAAUGAGGCAUUGGAACUUGAUGAAAGUAUUAGUGAAUCUGAAGCUAGUGAGUGGAAAGAAAAAACAAAAGACGCUAAUGGAUCCAGCAGUGAUGAAGGUCACACUGUCUGCAAGAUUGAAAAAGAAAAGAAUCUGCCCCCAGCUGAGACUGGAAGGAGAUACAGAAACCAGAAAGACCACAUGAUGUGCAAAGUGAUGUGUUUGUGCAUUGCUUAUUCUUCUACCAUUGGAGGGCUGACUACAAUCACCGGAACAUCAACAAAUUUGAUUUUUGCUGAGCAGUUCAAUACACGCUACCCAGAUUGCCAGUGCAUCAAUUUUGGAUCCUGGUUUAUACUUUGCAUCCCCAUCACUAUUAUCAUUAUGCUGCUCUCCUGGGUCUGGCUCCAAUGGCUUUUCCUUGGUUUCAAUUUCAAAGAAAUGUUCCAAUGUGGCAAGGAAAAGUCCACCAGAGAACAGGUCUCAGCACAAGUGAUUAAGGAGGAGUACACAAAGCUUGGACCAAUCAGCUACCCAGAAAUCAUUACCCUUGUCCUGUUCAUUUUAAUGGCCCUCUUAUGGUUUACCAGAGAACCUGGAUUCAUCCCUGGAUGGUCUUCUCUUUUUCCUCAAUACCCAGGUUUUGCUACAGAUUCAACAGCUGCCUUGAUAAUUGGUCUCCUCUUCUUCAUUAUUCCAGCAAAAUCUUUGUCUAGGACUUCAAAUGGAGAAAACACUGUUUUUGAUUACACUCCACUGAUUACUUGGAAGGAAUUUCAGUCAUGCAUGCCCUGGGAGAUAACGAUGCUUGUUGGUGGAGGUUUUGCACUGGCAGAGGGCUGUGAGGUUUCAAAACUAUCAGCUUGGAUAGGAAGCAAAUUAACCCCUCUGGGAUCAUUGCCGAUGUGGUUGAUUAUCCUAAUAUCAUCUCUGAUGGUCACCUCAGUAACCGAAGUAGCCAGCAAUCCAGCUACUAUCACUAUAUUUUUGCCUAUACUAGCACCUUUGGCUGAAGCUAUUCAUGUGAACCCACUUUAUGUUUUGAUACCUGCUACAUUGUGUACUUCAUUUGUUCCACCCAAUGCCAUUGUAUUUUCAUAUGGUCAUCUGAGCGUUAUUGACAUGGUGAAAGCUGGCUUGGGUGUUAAUAUCAUCGGAGUUGCUGUAGUUAUGCUUGCUGUCACAACAUGGGCAGUGCCCCUGUUUGAUCUCCAAACAUAUCCAAGAUGGGCACCAGAUCUUUCCAUUGUGAACAACACCGGGCUGUAAAAAUGAACUGGCAGGGUCUUGGUGGAUUUUUACUAUUAUUUGGAGAGUUAGUAGAAAUGCAAAAUGCACCACAAUAAUGAGCAUGAUCCAGGUUAUGGUAAAUUCCAUAUUUUUCAAUCCCAGGGAUCAAUAAUCUGAUUAUCCUAAUCAGGAAUAAUGUUAUCCAAAUAUGGACUUUGCAAACACCAUCAAGCUUGAAUGUGUUUCUUAUCCAGAUUGUCUUAUUCAGACUUUACUUGUACAUGCUGUUAGUACCGUCCGUGAAUGUGCACAUUCAUUAUGAAUGACAAUUUGACCCUGUUCUUAGGGUCAUACAAUAACAGGUGUCUAUUUGAACAUUUUCCAUGUAGGAACAUUUAUUGCCGGUCUGUAGAACACACUAUUAUUGUUGUUUUUUUCAAGUCAUAACCUAUUAGACAUUGAUGAUUACACCUGAAAGGUCAUAGUGGGAGGUUGUUUAAACAAUCCAUUCAUAGAUCUGUCCAUGAAUCUGAUCUUGUUGGAAAAGUACAACCCGUGGGAAGGUGCUUGAGUAUUUAUAUAACCCCUUUUCUGUCAACAUUGCUCUGAACACCAUCCUACCUCUAUAUGCAGAGAUGAUAAUUCAGAGCCCAGUUCCAGAAGGCAAUUAACUGUUUAAAUCUGUCCUUAUCUAGCAUUGCACUGAAGCAUUUGCUUAAAGUUAAGGACAUAUUAUAGAGCUGUCCUGGAUAGAAAUUCUUGCCUGAAUUGGAAGCUUUAAGAGUGAGCAAUAAAUUAUCAGAAUAAUUCUCUGCUCUGUACCUGUCAAAACAAUAGAUGCAUUCUUUAGAUCGGAGGUGGGGAACCUAAGGCCCGGGGGCUGGAUCCCGCCCCCAAGGCUCAGGGAUCCCCUCCCCCCCAGCAUUGAGGAACCUGCACUGGCACUCCAGCCCCCACUCCCACCCCACGAUGCUGAAGAACACAAUUCCUACUAGUCUGGGCCUUCCUAGGCUCUGGUAUGUGAGGGGAAUGUAGGGAAUGUCUUUCUCCGUCUCAGUCAGGGGCCACAUCAGUUAGGAUUUGGGAUUUUUCCUCUUCUUACUUGUGUGCAGCCCCCAAUUGAUUUUAUUGUGGGCCAGCAGCCCCGACCCAAAAAAUGUUCCCCACCCCUGCUUUAGAUUAAUGCACAGUGUACAGUCCUAGAGAGUUAAAAUUCAACCCUCUUUAACAAAUUGUAACCUCCUUUAAUGACAGGUAAAAUGUUAAGCUUCCAAACAGGAUUAAAGUCAGAAACACUAAAAAAGCCAAUAUAGUUGAAGAGAAAUUUUGCAGUUAAAAGCUGUUCAGAGAUCAUUCAUAUUGUUAUAAUGUGUUUUACAGAUUAAGAGCUAUAACAGUCUCCUUUUAAUGUGUUAUUGUAGCUAAAGAGUUGUGUGUACCAUCAUCCCAAAUGGUAGACAGAUUUAAGUUCACAUACUUUAGAUCAGGAGUCGGGGCUCUCUUACAAACCUCUUAAAUUGUAGUGGGAUGAGACAAUAGAAGUGUUUCCCCUGGGGAACCUCACAAAAAGAACAUUGGUAUAUCUUCAGGCAUCCCAGGGAGAAAAAUUUUGCAAAGAUAUUUUCUUGGCAAGUUUGGAGAAAGGGGGCAUAUUGUUUUCUGCGAUGGAAGAUAUGAAGUAAGCAAACUUCUUAUGCCCUUGCAUUUACUACACACAAUGAAUGUAAUGUCCUUAAGCCUCAGAGGGGUAGCCGUGUUAGUCUGUAACUUUAAAAGAAGGAAGCCUGUGGCACCUUAGAGAAUAUACAUAUCUUGGAUUCUGUUAUUUCCACUCCAACUCAUCUGAUGAAGUGGGUCUUACCCACUGAAGCUCAUGAUAGUCUCUAAGGUGCCUUGGACUACUUGUUGUUUUGUAAUGUCUUUAGCUGUCCACAGCUUGCAAUCCUAAGGAUAUCUAUUGUCUUACUUCUGGGGCAGCUAAAUAUUGGCCAAACAAGGCAAUUUGCUUGUUGUCUAAGACUCACUCCCAGUGUGUUGUAAUGUUGAUACAGAAGCACUGAUUGAAAUUGUCAUCUUGUGUAUGGCAUUGUUGUCUACUCAGUUUGCGGGUCCUGGCCAAAUCAGAAUGUCACAUCAGAAUGGAGCUCCUUGCAUUCUAGGUUGCCCGUAUUCUCCCCUUCAUUAUUAAAGAAAAUGCUGCAUAGAUUACUGUGACGGUA